AUGCGACCAACGAUUUACUGCCCCUCGUUCAUGUGUAACUACACGGACUGCUAUACGAUGUACGCCAGUCAAAACACCUCCUCAUGUAUAGCUUGGUCCUUCUGUCAGCUGAUGAGACAGACGGACAUGAGCUACGUUGCCGGCUGCGUCGCCUCCUGUGCUGACAGCUGCGUCGACGCCUCUCAGACCAACUGCUCUGUGAACUGCUGCAACUCUACUGGCUGCCUAAACGCCACGUUUGCAUCCAUGAUGAUGAUGACGACAACCACAGCUGGACCAACAGCCGUGACCCAGACCAGCAACACCAUGACAACCUCAGUGAAUUACGCCAGUCAGAUAUCAAACUCCACUGACAUGAAUGGAACUGCUAUGCCAUAUACUCCACCAAUGAGCAUGAUAUACUGCCCCUCGUUCAUGUGUAACUACACGGACUGCUACAUGAUGUACGACAGUCAGAACGCCACCUCGUGUGCUUUGGGCUGCUGUCAGAUGAUGAGACUGACGGACAUAUGCUACGUCGCUUCCUGCGUCGCAUCCUGUGCUGAAAGCUGCGUCAACGCCUCCCAGACCAACUGCUCCGUGAACUGCUGCAACUCCACCGGCUGCCUCAACGCCACGUUUGCGUCCAUGAUGAUGACCACAACCACAGACAUGGCGAGAACAACAACAGUGGCAACGACGCCAGCGACGACGACAACAACCACAGCAGCCACUACGAUGAUGGCCUCCAGUACACCACCGACAGCAGACAAUGGAAAGAAAUGCCAUCAAGGUACAUGCACUGGUUCGACCUGCUACACAAAUUUUGCACAGGCGGCGCUCCAGACAUGCUCCUCUGCACACCUGCACUGUCAGCUGAAAAAAGAGAUGGUAGGUUCCGACAUGAAGUGGACGGCAGGCUGCGCCAUCAACUGUUCUGCUGAGACGCCGUGCAAACAAUCCACAACCCCUCCAUGUCAACUGGAGUGCUGCAGCGCCACCAUGACCUCCUCCUGCCUGUGGCUGAACGGCACGCUGAAUGUCCCCAAUUUUGCCACAAGAGGUCCUCACCUUAACACAGAAUUGGGCGCUUUCUUACUUUGCCUGCUCGCCAUCGCCUUGAUGCUGUAAGUGAAAGGCAGCAUGCUCAGCUGACUGUGUGGAUCAUAAAGUAACCAGAGCUUUGUUCAGCUCUCAGUCCAGCCAGUCAGGGGGAGGAAAACAAAACAAAACAAAAAAAAAAAAAGCUUAGCAGUGCAGAGCUUAACACGUCAUGUUGUUCAUAUGUGAUUGUACUGUAUAUAUGUAUGGAAUUGAUGUAAGGUCUCAGUUACAAUGUUGAUUUUAUUUCUUGUUUUUAUAAAAAAAAAAAAAAAAAAUCCCAAUCAAGUUUUUAAUCUCUGGUUCAAGGCUCAAUGAAAAAUGUGAACUCAAUGAAAAUCAAAAAUCAAAACAUGGCGGAGGCCACUCGGUCCUCACAUCACUUCAGACUUAGGGUGCAAAUCACGGUUCUAAUUACCAAGAACAAAACAUUUCUUCUCAGUGAACUCGUCAUUUUAAAUUGCUGUAAACCUUGUCAUUUGUUUUAGCCACGACCUUGCCCAUAACUGGAAUUGAAUUCAGUUGCUGAGAGCCAAACACAGUUUUGUUUUGUUUGUGCCUUCACACUUUCAAAUGACUGUAGACUAAUUUCAUCUUUUUUGGAAUUGGGUGAGUGAUCCUAAAGAGAUAAGCGUCUCCAUGAACACAUUUUAUUACCACAAGCUCUCUCUAGAUGAUCAUUUUUCCCUCAAGCCAUUGUGAGAGUGACGCAGCUAUGACUCUAAAUGCACUUUAUCAAACACAGAUGUUGGGCUGUAACAGGGUGUCGUGAAGGUUUGCUGACGCAUUUCUGUAGAUGUACUCAUAAAAGAAAAAAAUUAUCUGUGAAUCGUGAGUUGGAUGUUUAUACUGUGUGGUUUACAAAGUAUAUUUUAUGGUAUAAUGGUGUCGUUGUGUAAAUGUUUAAUGAAAGCUUUAUUAAUCUCUUUUUCUAGUUGUGUGUGCUGUAUAGAAUAUACAAAUUGUAAGAAAAAUUAAAUAAAUUACAUGUACAAAUGAA